CGCUUGAUGAUACGGAGAAGAUGAGCGCUCACGCCGGCAGGCGCCCCUGACCCCACUAUGGGUGUUAAUGACAGGACGCCGGCAGCCGCCCGGACUGGCAGCGCUGCUUCACGUUGGCGGUGCGGAACAUGGCGGCCGCCAUGGAACUGAGCUGCUGGGGAGAAGGCUGGGGGCUCCCGUCUGUGCACACCGAGUCGCUCGUCGUGCUGGCAUAUGCAAAGUUUUCUGGGGCUAAACUCACCAUUCAGCCUGUUGACUGGACCUGGAAAACACUGACAGGGACCGUGCCAGCAUUGCAUUGUGAAGGACACACAGUGACAGAGCCAGCCCAGAUCCUUAACUUCUUGAGAAAGCAGAGGUACAAUGCUGACUAUGAGCUCUCGGCCAAACAAGGAGCAGAUACCUUGGCAUACAUCGCACUGCUGGAGGAGAAGCUGCGACCAGCACUGCUGCACACCUUCUGGGUGGACACAGAGAACUACACCAACCUGACCCGGCCCUGGUUUGCCUCCCGAUGUCCUUUCCCGCUCAACUUCUUCAUCCCGGGUCGGCAGGCCCGUGUGGCUCUUUCCCUCAUCCUGCUGACCAAAGGGGAAUCGCCACUGCACAGCAUCACCGAGGUGGAGGCAAAGGUCUACAAUGAAGCCAAAGAGUGCCUGAACUUGCUGUCACACCGGCUGGGAACAUCCCCAUACUUCUUUGGAAAGAUGCCAGGAAGCCUGGAUGCCUUUGUAUUUGGGUACAUCGCUCCCCUGCUGAAGGCCAGCCUGCCAAGUGGUCCCCUCAAGCAGCAUUUGAACCAGCUCACCAACCUGUGCCAAUUCUGUGACGCAGUCCUCAAGACCUACUUUGAUGACGACGCCCCCGGUUCUCCACCCGUCAGCCAGGACGCAUCAGUUGACGCGAACCUGCAGAAACUGACACAGCUUGUUAACAAAGAGUCCAACCUCAUCGAGAAGAUGGAUGACAAUCUUCGCAGCAGCCCCCAGCACAAGCCUCGAGCCCCCCCUGCCAGACCCACCACCUUGUCCAGCCAAAAGAACUCCACACCGGCAUGACGACCCAGCCACCAACCAAGUCCGUCACCUCAGGUCUUUGGUGAUUCCCCAGCCCAAUUCCAAAUCGCUAGCUCCUAGCCUGGCCGCAGACCAAACCUGGACCCUUCACAUCCAUGCUACCACUGAUUUCAGAGAAGCACUUUCAGUCGCACACUUUCAGAGCUAGCAGCAUAUGGGUUUGAAUGUUAUCCUGACACCCGAGAGGGUUGAACUCUCACGGUCGCAAUAUCUCUGUAUAACUGCUAGGUUGCUAGCCUUAGCACUGUCCUAUAGCCAACCAAACGUACUCUGAACCGAGGAAUCUUUGGAAAUUUCACUGUGGUCUAAAACGAGAAUUGAAUGUUUUAACACUUCACACGGGAUGAUGUCUUGUUUGUGAUUGGCGGAGGACGAGGAGGAGUAUGAUGAUGAUGUCUAAAAGAAGGUGUUUUCGGAUAAGCAGAAAUUCAAGUUUCCUAUUUCAGGAAUAUUGGAAUUUAAUAGAAGUUUUGAUUUUAAAAUAUGGGUUUCAAGAAAGAAUGUUUUAAAUCGUAAAGGUCCUUUUUGGUCUAGACUCAGAAUUAAAACCAUAAUUUGCCUGUUUCUUCAAAGUAUUUUACCAGGAAUACUGCAAUACUUAUGGUAUGGAAAAUUAAUUUUGGUUUGUCCACAUACCAGUGCAUUGUGGUGAUUGCGAACUGAAUUCUGCUUUUGCAUCUAUUUCAUAAUUGAAAUGAGGUCAGUUAUGGAAAAACAGAAUUUGUAUGCGUGUGUGGAGUGGUGCUGAAUUUGCACAAAAUUUUAAAAUAAAAGUAUAUUGUAUUUAAA